UUUGCGUGUCCGUUUAUCUUUUGUCCGACAUGGGCAAACCCAUAAAAGGCAAAAAGAAAGCUGCAGCCGCAGCAAAGAAGAAAGAAAUGGAGGAGCUAGCGUUACAAGAACAAGCUGCUGUGGAAGACGAGUAUGAAUUCCAAAAAACUUGUUUUGAGAUUCGAAUCAAGGAAUUGACCACUCUAAAUUUAGGUCUGCAGAGAAAGUCCGAGUAUUUGGACAGUCAAAAUGAAGUCUUUAAAGUGCAACUGGAAGAUCUACGGGAGGAGAAAGAGGACUUGGUGUCUCACCUGCAACGUUCUUACAAUGCAGAGAAAACCAACGUCAAAGAACUUGAAGAUCGGUUAUAUGGAACGCAUUUGUCUAUGCUACAAGAGAGAAGUGCAUAUGAGCAAAAACUGAAGGAAAAAGACAAAUGCUUUGAAGAGAUGGAAAUAAAUCUAAACAAGAAAAUUCAGGAUUUAGACGCCAACAUAACAGCUCUGGAAGAAUUCAGAGUUCAAAAGGACAAGCUGACUUUUGAACGUGAAGAGUUGCAAAGAAUUUUGAAAGAGGAACGUGAUCGAUUUGCGAGAAAUUAUGAUGAGCUAGAAAACAAUCUCAUAAGAUAUCGCGAGCGUAUUAAAAAUGAAUCCGUUGAAAUGGUAAAAAAGAUGGCCAAUGAUGUACAACGGGCUGGAAAACUUUGUCUCACUGCCACCGUAAAGUCUGCAAUUGCUGAAAACAUACGAUUACAAGAUGAACUUGAAAAUAGUAGCCAAACUAAUCUGUCAUUGCGUGAAAAAAUCGAUACAUUCGAAAAUCAGUAUCGAAAUCAGAAAGUUGCAAUGAAGGUUUUGGAAGAAGAAAAUUCCAUACUGCAUAAAAAAUCUCUCCAGUAUCGUUUAAUGACUCAGGAACUAAUUGAUCGACAAAUAUUACUUCAAGAACAGUUGGAAUAUAGUUCAGAACUAGAGAAGGAAAUUAUUGAUCUGAAAGCUGCGCACAAAUUUUGUCCAUCUGAAGAAGAAAUUCAAACCCGUGUUAAAAUGGAAUUGGAGAAAUAUCUAGAAAACGCAGGGAGGGACUCAAAUAAUGAAUAUGAAGUUGAUGACAAGAAGCAUGCAAAAAUCUCGGAAUUACGCAGCUCUAUUUUGCAAAUAGCAAUUGCUGCGAAAACAAUUGCUCAGGUAUCGACGUCCCAAGACUUUGAUCUUUUGAAAGACGAUUUCAACCGAAAGAUGCAAAACAUUUACACGAUUGCAGACGAAAUUCCCGAGUUGUCCUCAGACAUGGCUCUUAAGCAAAUGUCGGAAAAAAUUAUACCAUAACCGUAAUGAUGUAUACAAGUAUA